AUGGGAAGAGGAAAAAUUGUCAUCAGAAGAAUUGACAAUUCGACGAGCAGGCAAGUGACUUUCUCAAAGCGCAGAAAUGGAUUGCUUAAGAAAGCCAAGGAACUAUCAAUUCUUUGUGAUGCCAAAGUUGGAGUGAUUGUCAUCUCCAGUUCUGGGAGGCUCUAUGAAUUUGCAAGCCCUAGCAUGAGAUCAAUAUUUGAACGAUACAACAAUGAGCAGGAGAAUCAUCAGCUUUUGAGUCCUAAUUCAGAAGCCAAGCUUUGGCAAAGGGAGGCAAAAAGCUUAAGGCAACAGUUGAACUACUUACAAGAAAGCCACAGAAAAUUGACGGGAGAAGAACUUUCAGAUUUGAGUAUGGAAGAUCUGCAAAAUCUGGAAGGCCAAUUGGAAACGAGCUUAAAGGGUAUCCGAACAAAAAAGGUACAAAAAAUUUAG